AUGAACGAAAACAAAGUGACGAAGAGCGCGCGCGAAGUACAUACUGACCCCAGUCCCCAUCUCGCGGGCCGAAAGGUCACACUAGCGAUCAAUAGCAUUCAAAGGCUGCUGUCCAUCUGCAUCAGUAACAAAAUACGGAGAACGAUGUCCGCCUUGUGUGAGCGACUUUCGUCACUCUGUGGACGCAGUCAACGAGCUUCUGGCCGCCCUCUAUUACUUCGUCCAUUUUCACACUUGUUGUUCAUCCCACACGUGAAGCUGCUCACUCUUACGCUGGUCAAGGCCAGUCGUUGCAUACGGCUCUCGCGCAACACCAGGCUCAAACCUACGUGCUCCCAUAGUGGUGCUGUACGUGCCAGACUGUACCUUCGUGAUUACGGCUUCGUUGGACGCUGCUCAACACCUUCCUCAAGAUGCGUAUGUCGAAGUCGUUGUAGCUGGCGUUCGAAUCCUGCUUUACAUACGAAGAUUGGAGAUAAUUGCCGCCUCGGUAUUUUGUUCCGUAUCAAGACAUUUACAACUCAGGAAAGCUUGGCGGGAUACAUUUUGCAGCUCGACAGAUUUCUAACCCUUUGGGACGGUCUUUCGCCCGGCGUUGUAUCCUCCAAAGUUUGGAAGAUGGACUACGUCCGUUGA